UUGUAUGGGUUCCAGCGCAUAUUGGAAUAGAAGGAAAUGAGAGAGCAGAUAAAAUAGCAAAAGGGGCAAUUCAAAAACCAAUUAGCAUUAAAGUUAAAACAAGUAAAGCUGAAGGAAAGAGUAUGGUUAAGGAAAAACUGAUGGAAAAGUGGCAGAAAAGGUGGGAUGAAGAAAUAACAGGAAGAUGGUUUUAUAAAAUUCAGAAGAAGGUUAAAGAAAGAAGAAAGGGAAAAAGAAAUAGAAAAGAGGAAAGAGUGAUAACCAGGAUAAGAUUUGGGCAUACUGGACUUAACUACUCACUUUUUAAAAUUCAAAAACAUGCAACUGGUAAAUGUGAAUAUUGUGGAGAAUGGGAAACAGUAGAACAUGUUAUUCUAGAAUGUGAUAAAUAUGAAAGAGAGAGAAGAUGUAUGAUAAAAGAGUUUGAAAGUAUUAAGGUAAAAUUUAUGUUAAUAGAUAUUUUGAGGGAAAGUUUGGAGAGCAAACAUAUACAAAUAGUUAUUAGAUUCUUAAAGAAAACUAAGAUAUUCAGUAGAAUUUGAUAGAGUAGACAUAAGAGUGAAUGUGUGGAUGAUAGUGAUGAGUAGAAUAUAAAUAUGGAUGUAAGUUUGUUUGUGUGGGUUGGUAGGUGUAUGUAUGAGUAUAUAUAGAUAUAUAUAUACAAAAAGAGCGUUAGACCAACGAGAGCCACACUCCAUACCAGUAAGUGGCGGUAAUGCUACUAUUAAGUUUGUUGCCAACCGCCAAUAAACACAACAAGAAGAAGAAGAAGAAGAGGCUGGCUUGGCCGCUCGGUGUCAGUGCGCCUGCGCUCCUCAGAGCUGUUAGGGCUUUCUUAUCUUUCUGCCUGGCAAUGGCUCCAAACCUACAUACAGUUCACGAUCAAACGUCAGAAGUCAUUUUUUUCCUACUGGCAGAUGAAACUGAAGCAAAAUCUCGUAUGCUUGACUCAUCAGAGGUGGAAAGUGACGGUCCAGAUGGACCUUUCCCAGAAGAUGAUUUCGACCCGGUUUUAGUUGCGGAUAAGCUGAGAACUGUGGCUGAUGCUCUGAAUGAAGAAAAAAUCAAACCUCUACUAAAAGAGAUGAGCAAAGCCGCUGCAAACGAGGCCGUAGAUGCAGCAUUCAGCAAAGCUGUGGAGACCAUUUGUGAAUCGUACUCCUGUAAGGGUGCUGACGUCGCCCCAGAGAUGCAGCUGAUCAACGCCACUGUGGCGUUAGGCCUCUAUGUGAAGAAAGUCUCCCCAGAUCUGAAAAGAAAAGUGCAGGGCGCUAUGACUAACUUCCUCAACAACCGCGUCAGCGCGUGGGUUGUUGAGCAAGGAGGUUGGGAUAAACUACCAAUCUCCAAGUAAAUCCAUCAUCAGGAACUCAAUAUUCAGUUGUGGAAAAGCUGGGACUGAAAUAAACUACUGUGAAACAAACAAACAAAAAAAAAAGUA